ACUCAUUGAAGUGUUGAUGUAGUAUGUACCCGAUGAACUUUUAUUCGAGCGCAUCACCAAUGAUGUGUUCCAAGAUCGAAGAGCGUUUUAAAGAUCUUUAUACACUAAGUUCGCUACUCUCUAAAGGUGUAAUUUGUCCCAUCCUAAUUGGAAGUAUCGGAAUGUAAACUUGGAAUUGAAUUCAAGAUAUGUGACGCCCGAAGAUCAUGACGAUUCUUAGAUAUAUCCGAUACAUUCGACAGUAGACAUGGUAGACAUCUAAAGGAUACUGCACAUCUCUGAUUCUAUUAGUAGAACAACGUGCCCAAUAACGCAGUUGUAUUUUUCCAGCCAACUUGGAGUUUGUCGUAUACUGUAAUUUUUGUAUUGCGUUUUUGAUUGAUUUAUGAGUGGAAUAAUUAAAUCCUCGGUUUAACGGUGUGUGCGAAAAUAUUGUGAUCAUAAUGGCUAUCAUCUUAUUUGAAGAAUGUGUAUGCACCAACAUGUAUUGUAUUGUUUUUGGAAAACAUUUAAUAUAAUGAGUGUCACCUUACCACUGUUCAUCCUUUGUGGGGAGAGUGCAACACAUAAAGCAAUUUCUUAACAACUUCCAUUCGUUGGAUAUAAUCAUAUAAAAAUACAGAAUUGACCAGUUUGCCGUAUAAUCAAUCUUUGAUAGUUAUUGCUCGUGGUAUGACAUGCGUUAUGUAAAUGAAUACAAAUAAGAAAGAACUGAAAUGUUGAAUAACUGUUAUUCAAUAGAUUUGUCAUUCAGUCUGAAUGGUCUGAGCAAGAUAAAUGGCAUAUGCGUUCAGUGUAUUGCUUUAUUUUGAUUGUUCAGAUAACAUAUUCAAACGUCGUCCAGAAGUUUCUUCCACAUCAGAGAGGAGUAAAGAUACAAGACGACGGCAGUGACGGAUGCAGUGAUAAUUUAAAAGAUGACCAUUACUCUGGACUAUUAUUUUAGUAAUGCACUUCUUCGGACGAGUAAUGCAUUACUCGUCCCCAAAACGUCAUAAUUGAAAUGGUGUGAGGAAUGGGGACAAUAUGCGAGAACGUCGAUGAAUCUUACUGUUUGGAGUAUCUAUCUAUCUAUCUAUCUACCUAUCUUGAAUUCCCCAUGAAGUAGCCACGAUGGGCUAUCCAAUCUGGACUUGGCGUGCCUGUCGCCAUGGAGAGGUCAUCUUCUUGAUUAUGGCAUUUUUGUGUAGUAUUGACGAGGGAAAUGCUUUCAACGUAUCUUCAUUUGGGGAUGGACAUAGUAGGGGACAACUCAACGUGACCCUGUAUAACGUUACAGUAAACGUGUGUGAACAUCAUCAAGCUUGCAAUGAUAUUGGAUGUGGCGUCUCGAACAGCACCGUGUGCAAUUGUGACGAUGAUUGCGUCGGGUAUGGGGAUUGCUGCUGGGACUUCGCUACGACGUGCAAUCGCCGUUAUAUUGACUAUGUUUACGACUGGGAAGUCGGUCUUACGACGUGUGAGAUUGUUAUUGCCAAUUCACCUCGUCAUUCGAUGCAAUCGUACUUUAUGGUUGGACGAUGUCCCACCGAUUGGCCAAUCACGGAAACUCGCGAACUAUGUGAGCGAUACGAUCAGAACGACAGUGUCAUUCAUUGGCUUCGAGUGGACAACCAGCAGGGGGUCACGUUCAAGAACAUCUUCUGCGCCUUUUGCAAUGGGAUGGAACCACGUGACGUCACAGGCUGGACAGUCUUCGGGAAUUGUUCGGAAGAGAAUAUAAACGUUUCGUCUACAUGGUCACAUUUGCAAGAGAAAUGUAGCGACCUAGAAAUGAAACCUGCGAAUCCGCUAAUCCUUGCCAAAUUAAGAGCUUGUUCGUGCUGUGUUCCCUAUAAAAAUCCCAACGAGGAUGCUGCAUUAUGUGGAGAAUCCGUAGCGGAUUCGUCAUCUUCAAAGGCCUGUGCAUUGUACAAGGCACCUAUCACCGUUGGGCGCAGGGAAUACAACAAUCCUCAUUGCUUGCAGUGUGAUAUCUCUCGCAAUAACAUCGACAGUAAUAUUCAUGGUGGGACACCGUCACAAGACUUUUGCCAACGAGAACGUUAUGGACCUAGUUCAGAAUAUGUAGAAAGUGACGUUUUUACAUAUAGACUUCACUUCGUAGUACCAGUAUCAGUCUUCUUCGACCUUCCUACUAUGGAAACACUUUUUAAAAUAACCAAGAAAGGGUCAUUCGAGGAAAAUGUGAAAAGCUGUGAAAAAGGGAGUCUGAAGAGCUCGGGAUUUGAUGACAAAUGCGACUUUAAAGCAACAAUUGAUGAUUUAUGUGAUAAUACCACGUCACAUGGCUAUGAAAUAACGGCAGAGAUUCGAUUGAAUAGAGAACGUGUCCAAAAUAUAAACGAAAGUACUGUGUUGUCCUCACUACUAUACUUCCUAGAGGAUCUUUUCAAAGUUCCACUAAAGAAAUUUCAAAUUCUUGAUAAUUCAGCGUUUUGUUUUCCUAGAAAUGGCGGUACAAUUUACACGCCUCUCUCGAAAAGAUGUAAAUCGGUCUUAAAUGUAACAGUAUGGCUUGAUUACAAUGAAUAUGGACGUUAUUUUGAUGAUCUGAUUUCAGAUAUAAAUAUAAACUCUAUGAUCGCUCCUGCUGAUUUUAUUCCCCAGCAACUAGACAUUGUCCGAGGAUGUCGUAAUCAGGAUGCCUUGCCUAGAACUCUAUGUCUCGGCAAUCUGGACGAUGCUUUAAACUCAACGAAUACCAUGACGCAGAACAAUUGUCUGAAUGAGGACUGUACAUACGUCGUUCUUACGAGAAAAUUAAAGACACAUUUACAUUUUGUAAAUGCUUCAACCAAAGAUCUCACUGUGUCUUACAUCAAACAAUCUUGUAUUGUAAGAUGGUGUGAGCUUCAUUUCGCCGAGGUCAAUAAAAGUCUUGAUGACUAUGAUUUUUUUAACUCUGCUGCUGGGUCAAUUGGAAAUCCAUUACAAAUAAGCAUAACUAUUAGUCGAUGGAAUCAAACGCACGUUUUUGUUUGUUCAUCGAUGCAAAACGAUUCCGAUCGUAUCUUUCAGGCUCCCCAUCAAAUCUUGACGCUUGUUGGAUGUGUCAUAUCGAUUAUAGCAUUGAUGCUUACCCUUCUGACCUAUGCACGUUUCCCACUGUUACGGAAGACUACAUUUGUGAAGCUCAUCAUGGCGCUCGCCGGUACCCUGCUCAUUGGACAGCUUCUCUUGCUUGUCUUUCUUGGUGCCGCAAGGUUUAAUGCUAAAGCAUGCGCUAUACUUUCAGUAGUAGCACACUACGUUUGGCUUUCUGUCUUUACCUAUAUGCUUUUGAUUGCUUUCGAGCUGUACCGCACGUUCGGUCGGAGAAAAACGAAGUCGACUCGUGGCGUAAAACCGAGCGUAUUUAUCACAUACCUCACCUCUGCCAUGGCUUUUCCCCUUCUUAUCAUAAUUCCUUGCCUGAUAUUGCACCUCUUGAGGCGGACAUCACUAACCUAUGGCGAUAUCUCUAGAGGUUGUUGGCUUGGUGACGCCAGUGCGAAUCUGAUCGCCUUCGUUUUACCCAUCACGCUUAUCCUUGUGUUGAACGCGGUAGUUUUUGUAGCUACAGUGUAUCAUCUCUGCACAUCUCGAGGAGAUGCGUUCAAGAAUGACGUGAGGAAACGCAGGACAGAGGCUAGGAGGAACCUCCGAAUAUCAAUGAAGAUAUCCACUCUUAUGGGGUUUACUUGGUUCUUUGGAUUCGCCGCUACGUACCUUGAUUUCGCGGCCCUGUGGUAUAUAUUCAUUCUACUAAACACACUACAAGGGUUCUUUAUAUUCGUAAGCUUCAUGUGUAAUAGCAACAUUUGGCGACUGUGGACGGCAGGGUAGAUGAUUACUUCUGGAAUUUUAAUGUGUAAAUAGUUCGAUUCAAAUUCAAUUUAUUCUUGAUAAUCAUUAAAACAUCAUCAAAUUGUGCAUUCCUACAUAGAAAUAUUAUUACAAGAAUAGAAGGGCAACAAAAAAUUAACACUUGAAAAUAAGCCUCCAAUAAAUAGAGUAAUUAAUACAAGUCAUGUACACGUCAAAUGAAGAGGGGAAAAAGCGAAAUAUUUUUUUUACAUGUUUUUAUUAAGGAUUUCAUUCAAAUGAAUUACAUA